CCAAACCUACAGCUGUAUAUAAAAGAAAGGGGGAAAAUGAGUGAAAUAAGCUUCCAAAAACAGAUUUUGACACUGAAAGUGAAAUAAUUAAUAUACAUGUAGUGGUACUAGUACAGAUAUACUGAUAUAUAUUCAUAUAUACUUUCUUUUUCUUUUUUUGAGUAAUUUAUGUAUACUUUUAUUAAGAAAAACUAGUGUUGGAGUGAUUAGAAAGGAGAACUAACAUAAUAAAGGCAUGAAAAAACGUUCGGUUUCCCAUGAUCUAGGUACAUAUCCAAGCCCAGGAGCUCCACAAUAUCGUGGAAACACCGGUGGCUCUCAAAAGGGUUGGGCCUCAGAGCGGUUGCCGCCACCGGCGACGUCAAUCGGAGGUGGUCUGCAGAUUGGUUCAUCAUCAUCAGCUGCUCUAAUGAGUUUCAACAGUGGAAGAACACUGCCCUCUAAAUGGGAGGACGCCGAGAGGUGGAUUUGCAGCCCGGUUUUUGGACAAGCCAUGACUAGUAGCAGUAGUAGUAGCAAGUGUUUGAAUAAUAACAAUAAUAAUUCUCAGUAUCAGAAGCGACCAAAGUCCAAAAGUGGCCCAAUUGUUCACCCGGCUACUGGCUACUACUCAAACCAUUCUCCAGCUGCAGUGGUGGAAGGCGGCGGCGGUGGUGGCGGCAGCUUGAGGAGCUGUGUGGCCGCGAGUGGUUCGCCUUUUUCGACUGGUGUUUUGGCAGCUGAAAGUGUCUUCAGUAGUGGUGUUGGAGUAGGAGUAGGACAGCUCUCUAGAAUGGCUACUGUUCCCAUUUGGCCAGAAUUAGGAGAGAAUAGUGCUAAUUCUAAUUCAACCCCAUCUCCCAAGAAAGAUGGUGAAUCCUCGAUUUCCAGGACUGUUUCUAAGCGAGAAAUGGCGAACCAAAUGAGUACUCCAAAUAAGGACUGUGCUCGUUCAUCCAUGGAGGUAGGGAGGUUGUCGCUUACUUCGUCUCCACCAGCUCUACUUUCUAUAAUGGAGCAGCAUAGUGAUGAUCAUUCUGGUAAAAUAGAAGUCAAAGAUGUUCAGGUUGACAAGCGAGCCACCAUGACUCGGUGGUCAAAGAAACGUGGAAUAAGAAUCAGUAAGAAAGACAAGCUUGAUGUUAAUAAUAAUGACCUCAGUGAAAACGCCUUGGCAGUUUCAGCUUCUUCUUUUGAUGUUUCAGAGUCUGCCAUGGACAACUCAAAGUGGCAAAGAGAGGAAGCCAAAAUCAUUGCAUGGGAGAAUUUACAGAAGGCAAAAGCAGAAGCUGCAAUUAGAAAACUUGAGAUGAAACUAGAAAAGAAGAGGUCAGCUACAAUGGAUAAGAUCAUAGACAAGCUGAGAACAUCACAGUAUAAAGCACACAAAAUGAGAACCAAUUUAUCAGCCAACGAAAGCCACAGCCACAGCCACAGCCAUGAGGUUCUUAAGACUCCACGCAAGUUCUUCUGCUUACGAAAGCAAAUUAGGGUCGGAUUACUAGGCCGCUUCUUUACCUGCCGCGCUUUCUAGCUCUGUUUUUUAUUUUACCCUUAAAUCUGAAUUGUUCAUUGAACUAGCUUUUCUUUUUCUUUUUCGAUUUUCUUCUUUUUGAAUGUGAUUUGAUUUGAUGUAACAGGUCACAUAGAAUAGUGAGUUGGUUAGACUUAGGGAGCUCCUCAAAGUUUAAACGGUUGGAUUGAAAUAACAAAGAAAAUGCUUAUCCUUG